AUGACACUCGCCCUCGGCGCCGACGACGCUUUGGUGAUGUCGCUCCGGGAGCGUUUCGCAGCCCUCGCCGCCGCCUCGGCUUCCAACGUGGCUUCUCAGACCGCUGCAGGCGAGACCGCGUUGGUCUCUAUCCGGGAGUCGGACGCCACCUCCGACUCGGAUAGCGAGGACGACCUGCGGGCCGCCCUGGAAGAAGCGGCGGCGGCGCGUCGUGAGAAGGAGGCGGCGAGGCGCGAGCGGGAGGCCGCCAGCGAGGCGGCGACGGACGCCACCUUCGUGGCCAGCUGCGGCGGCGGCACCCUCGUCUGGGGCGUGCUCGACGGGCACGGGCCGGAGAACGGCCGCAUCGCGUCGUGGGCGGGCGCGGCGGCGCUCAAGGAGUACUUUCUCGGCAACGUCGCCGCCCUGGAGGAGGAGCCGGAGGAGGCGAUGACGAGCGCCUUCAAGGCGGCCCACGACGGCAUCGGAGCGGCGCUUCGCGCCAAGUACGGCCCCGGGAACAGCGCGGAAGACGGCACCUCGAGUAGCCUCGAGUCUGUUAGCUACCUCCUCGGGGCAGACGGCGAGCCCAUCGACGGCGGCACCACCGCCACUGUCCGCCAGCACCCUCGCCGGCCUGCUGAGGCCGUUGCGCUCGCAUUCAGGGGCGGCUUCCUGCCCGAUGGCGCGAUCGGUUUCGAGCAGCUCAGCACAGGCGACCACACGCCGACGAGCCUCGAGGAGGAGGAGCCGAUCGACGUCUUCCGGCGAGGCGCGGGAGGGGAGUGGGAGCUCGACCCCGACUCGCUCGCUCGAGUGCGGGAGGACCGCCCCACGACCAUGAUGCUGAUGCCGUCCGAGACUGGCUUCCCGCAGCAGAGCCUCGCCGUCACUCGUGCCCUCGGAGACCACUUCUUCCAGCAGCACGGCGCGCCGCACACGCUGGGAGUCGUGCUCCUGCUCGGCUCGGACGGGCUCUGGGACGUGUGGGACUACACCGACGUCCUCGACUUCGCCAUCUCGGCGGUGAGCGACGCGCAGACCGAGGCGGCCGUCGCGCGCUCCGUCGGUGGCGUCGUCGAGGCGACACGCGAGCGGUCGCAGGAGUAUUUUGGCGAAGCCGCCGACAACAUCGCCGCGAUCCUCGUGUCCUUCGACAUCACUCCCACGAGCAGCGGCCGGAGGUCCACCCGCUGA